GCAAGCGGGUGCAAGGAAGCGGGGAGCACGUUUGGAAGGAUCCGAGCUGGCCAGGAAAUUGGGCUUGUUUCCCAUACCGCUUGUUCGCGGUGAAGAUGAAACGGCUGGCAUGGAGGACAUCUCUGGCAGGUCCAUCCUUCCUUGGCAGAACUCCCAGGACAUGCUCCUCCAGUUCCUCAGCAGGUCUCCUGCUUCAGGAGAAGAUGGCUACGGAUACCGAUGCUCCUCUAAAAGAUGAGCAGCGCAUGAAUCCUCUUGGCAUCCAGAUGCUCUCGAAGGGUCUUCAUGAGCAGAUUUUCCGGGGGGCUCAAGUCCGCUAUUCGGAGGAGGACAUCCAGAAGAGUGUAGAACACUUGAAGAAACAUGACUUAUGGGGCAAAGAAACAUCCACCAUUCCUGACGUGGAACUGCAGCUUCCCCGGAUGUACGGAGCGAACAUAGAUGAGCAUUUCUGCCACUUGGCUCAGGCGCAAAACCUCCCCUAUCUGGAGGCUGCCAAGGAACUCAUCCAGCUUAAGAUGCCGCCAAUGCCCACGGAAUGGGCAUGGGAAGUGGGAUGGACUCGCUACGGUCCCAAUGGGGAGAGGGAAAAGGUGGACUUCCCCGAUGAACGAGCAUUGGUCUUUGAUGUGGAGGUGUGCAUGGAAGAAGGACAUUGUCCCACCCUUGCAGUGGCCCUGUCACCCAAUGCUUGGUAUUCGUGGUGCAGCAAACGGCUGGUGGAACAACGCUACAGCUGGUCGAACCAGCUCGGUCUCUCCGAUCUCAUCCCCCUGGAAAACAGCAGCAGCCUCAAAAGGCAGGAAGGAGAGGAGAGGCUGGUGGUGGGUCACAACGUCUCCUUUGACCGGGCUCACAUUAAGGAACAAUACCUGAUCCAGGGAUCCCAAAUGCGAUUCCUGGACACGAUGAGCAUGCACAUGGCUAUCUCUGGACUGACCGGUUUCCAGCGUAGCCUUUGGAAGGCGGCCAAGCAAGGCAAGGGGAGAGGACUUCAACAGGUCAAGCAACACAUCAAGAAGACACGCGGCAAAGACAGUGGGCCCAUGAUUGGCUCCUGGAACUGGGUGGACAUCAGCAGUAUCAACAACCUGGCAGAUGUGCAUUCGCUCUACGUGGGAGGCCAGCCGUUGCAGAAAGAAGCCCGGGAACUCUUCGUCAAGGGCAGCAUGAAUGAUAUCAGGAAUAACUUCCAGGAGCUGAUGAAUUACUGUUCCCUUGAUGUUCAGGCUACUUAUGAAGUAUUUCAUGAACAGCUUCCUCUUUUCUUGAAAAGGUGUCCACAUCCUGUGACUUUCGCAGGUAUGCUAGAAAUGGGGGUUUCUUACCUGCCUGUGAAUCAGAACUGGGAGAAGUACCUGGAUGAAGCUCAGAUCACUUAUGAGGAGCUGCAAAAGGAGAUGAAGAAGUCUUUGAUGAACUUGGCAGACAAUACUUGUCAACUGCUUCACGAGGAGAGGUAUAAAGGCGACCCCUGGAUGUGGGACUUGAAAUGGGACCUCCAAACAUUUAAGCAAAAGAAAACGAAGCCAACUAGGAAGAAAAAGAAAGACGCCAAUGAAGAGCCACCCAAAGUAGUGGAAAAAGCAUCUCCGCUGGAGUGGCAGGAAGAUCCUGGCCCCCCAACAGAAGAAGAAGAACAAAGCCAAAAUACCAGCCAACAGGUUCUUCAGAGUCUAAAGGAGACGGUGGCUUUGCAGCCAAAGAGAAUUCAGCACCUCCCCGGCCAUCCAGAGUGGUAUCGCAACCUGUGUCCACGUCUCAAUGAUCCUAGUUGGGCCCCUGGACCCAGCCUGAUCAGCCUUCAAAUGAGAGUGACUCCAAAGCUCAUGAGGCUUACCUGGGAUGGCUUUCCAUUGCAUUACUCUGAGAAACACGGCUGGGGCUACCUGGUGCCAGGAAGGAAGGACAACCUGUUAGAGGAUGAUCCAGAGGCUGCAUUGCCCACCUGCCCUUUCAGGGUAAUAGAACAUCUGUAUCGGGAAUAUUGCAAGGGGAAAGGGAAGGAGCAGCCGGUUUCCCUUGACAGCUACCUGGAAGAAGAGUUCUUAACGGAAAAUGGUGAUUUUUGGCAAAAGGAGGAGAUGGAAUCGGGGAAGAGUUCUCCUGAAUAUCACCAUGGCAAUGGACCUUACAAUGAUGUCAAUAUACCUGGAUGCUGGUUUUUUAAGCUGCCUCACAAGGAUGGCAAUGCCAGCAAUGUGGGAAGCCCAUUUGCCAAGGAUUUCUUACCCAAGAUGGAAGACGGUACCCUUAAAGCUGGAAUAGGGGCAGCCGAUGGGACCCACGCUUUGGAAAUCAACAAGAAAAUCUCCUUCUGGAGAAACGCUCAUAAACGCAUCAGGUGA